AUGAGUUUCAGAAUCCAGAAGUCACAGCCAAGUACAGAUUCUGGAAACUUGUCCUUAUUCAGGGAGAAGGUGGAAUUAAACAGCCUGAGUAGUAGCAGACCAAAUCUGGAAGUGGAGCUACUGGGUGCCCAGUGCAGGGUCUCGUCUGACCACUGGGGUCACCACCUGAUGUCUCCUGAGCAGGCUGCAGCUCAUCACAGGAAAAAAAUCAGAAGCUAUUUUGAGCCCCUGAAAAAUCCAGUGGAAGAUGCUGAAAACAUGUGUGAAGUCCAGGUUUCAAAAGCACUUGAGUUGAAGUAUAAGAUAGAAAAUUGGAGGAAGGAAUUAUACUCUGAAUUUGAACAAUUUAUGCAUUUUUUAGAGAAUGAGCAGGAAGCAAUUCACAUGAAACUGCUAAUUGUAGAGAAGAGUAUUCACAAAAAAUUACUAGAAAACAAAAUGCAAAUUUCAGACCAUUGUUUCACACUGAAAAGUCUGUUAAGUGCAAGAUAUGAGAAGUUUGUGCAGGCUAACCAAGAUUUACUGACAGGUAUUGAAAAUAGCCACAACAAAUAUGAGAAUUUAAAAAUCCCUGCAUAUUGCCAUAAUCCCAGGGCAUUCACUUUUUGCCCAGCUCUCCUGAGUUCUGAGGGAUUUGAUGCUGGAAGACAUUUUUGGCAAAUAGAAUUAAGAGGCACAGGUGAAUGGUCUUUGGGUGUGUAUAAGGAAUCUUCCCCAGAAAUGUUCUUAUAUCCCCAUCUCCAAACAAUGAUGCUGAGACAUUCGCUCUGGACUGAAGCAUUUGAUGCAUGGUGUUCUGUAAGCCCCAGACAAACUGGAAUUUUUCUGGUCUAUCAGUUGGGAGAGGUUUCUUUGUACAAUUUGAAUAACAUAUCACAUUUGUAUACAUUCACUGUAAUGUUUAUAGAAAAACCUAUGCCCUAUUUCUCCUUUGGACCUUCUUCAAAUUCUCUUUCAAUCAGCAUGGGCAGAGAUGAAUAG